AUGGGUGCUCCUAAGGAGGACCUCAGCGGCCAUGUGUCGGGCCAAUCAAACAAACCACUUUCACAACCAGCUCACGCUCUACCAUGGAAGACCGUAGUCGAAGAACUCCGAGCCGAUCCUGAAGAUGGUCUCACGUCCAGCAACGCAGGUGAACGUUUAAUCGAAUACGGUCGCAACGAACUUGGAGAGUCCUCAAAGGUCAACCCAGGCAAAAUCUUGAUCCGCCAGAUUGCAAAUGCCAUGACACUCGUGCUCCUGAUUGCCAUGGUCGUCUCGUUCGCGAUCAUGUCAUGGAUUGAAGGUGGUGUCAUUGCGGCUGUCAUCGGUGUCAACAUCACUGUCGGUUACAUCCAAGAAUACAAAGCUGAGAAGAAUAUGGACUCCCUUCGAUCUCUAAGCUCUCCCACCGCUCAAGUUGUUCGCGAUGCCAAAUCCGUCAGUAUCGGCACUGUUGAGGUCGUACCCGGCGACCUCGUCGAGCUCAAGACUGGUGACACCAUCCCCGCCGAUAUCCGAUUGAUCGAGGCAGUCAACUUUGAAACAGACGAAGCAUUGCUCACUGGUGAAUCCCUACCGGUUCGCAAAAACACCGACGAUGUGUUUGAUACAACCACGGGACCCGGCGAUCGUUUGAACGUUGCCUACAGCUCUUCGAAAGUCACCAAAGGUCGUGCUACUGGAAUCGUCUUUGCCACUGGAAUGCACACCGAGAUUGGUUCAAUCGCUGCUGCUCUCCGAAAGAAGGACAGCAAGAUCAGACCUGUGAAACGCAAGGAGGAUGGCAGUGCCGCGAGUUAUCGAUACGUACAGGCUGCUGUUCUGACCAUGAGCGACAUUGUCGGUUCCUUCCUCGGUGUCAAUGUGGGAACUCCUCUACAGAAGAAACUGUCCCGUCUGGCGGUUUUGCUCUUCUUCAUCGCCGUCAUUUGUGCCAUCAUCGUCUUGGCUGCCAACGAAUUCCGGGACCGUCAAGAAGUUAUCAUCUAUGCUGUCGCCACCGGUCUAUCUAUGAUUCCCGCUUCACUCGUCGUUGUUCUUACCAUUACGAUGGCCGCAGGAACCAAGCGCAUGGUUGAGCGAAACGUCAUCGUCCGUAACUUGCGAUCUCUCGAGGCUUUGGGUGCCGUCACCGACAUCUGCUCUGACAAGACCGGUACCCUCACACAAGGCAAGAUGGUUGCAAAGAAAGCAUGGAUCCCAGCCAAAGGAACAUACACCAUUGGCGCAAUCAGCGAACCUUUCAACCCUACCGUUGGGGAGAUCUCCCAUGAGGAGGAAGAACCCCGAAACAUGAAGGCCGACGCCUCGGGCAAAAAGUCCUCGUACGCUGAAAUCGUCCAGGGAAAUGAGUCACUGAAAGCAUACCUUCGUGUUGCGUCGCUCGCCAACUUGGCCAACGUUCACGAGACAGACGGCGAGUGGCACGCCCGUGGAGACCCUACCGAAAUUGCAAUCCAAGUCUUUGCUUCUCGUUUCUUGUGGAACCGACGUGGAUCCGUGUCUGGAGACAACCCGGCAUGGAAGGCCAUCUCAGAAUACCCCUUCGAUUCGGACGUCAAGAAGAUGAGUGUGUUGUACAAGGAUCUGGGCAGCGGCGAAGUCUUUGCCUUUACCAAGGGUGCUGUCGAAAGAGUCAUCGCAUCUUGCAUUUCUUAUGUCGCCGAUGACGACGCCGAGCCUGUCGAGAUGACCGAUGCCUACCGGGAGCAAAUUCUCGAGAACAUGGAAGCUCUCGCCAAGCUGGGCCUUCGUGUACUCGCGCUCGCCAGUCGAAAAUACGAAGAGCCCAUCGUGGACAAUACUGAGAUCGACCGCGCCAAUAUUGAAAAGGACUUGACUUUCCGAGGUCUUAUCGGACUUUACGAUCCACCCCGUCCUGAGUCUGCCGAAUCCGUUAGACGCUGCCACGAAGCCGGUAUUGAAGUCCACAUGCUUACCGGUGACCACCCCGGUACCGCACGCGCUAUCGCUCAACAAGUCAACAUUCUUCCCACCCGCAUGAGCGAAAUCAGCAAGGACGUGGCUGAUUCUAUGGUCAUGACCGCUGCUCAAUUCGACGACCUCUCCGACGACCAGAUUGAUGCUCUACCAGUACUUCCGCUUGUCAUCGCACGUUGCGCUCCCAUGACCAAAGUGCGCAUGAUUGAAGCUCUCCAUCGCCGCAAACGUUUCUGCGCCAUGACUGGUGACGGCGUCAACGACAGCCCCUCUUUGAAACGCGCUGAUGUUGGUAUCGCCAUGGGCCAAGCCGGUUCUGACGUGGCCAAAGAUGCCUCUGAUAUCAUUCUCACCGACGACAACUUUGCCAGUAUCCUUGCUGCUGUCGAAGAAGGUCGACGUACGUUUGACAACAUUCAGAAAUUCGUCCUGCACUUGCUCGCUCAGAACAUCUCUCAAGCACUUGUUCUCCUCAUCGGAUUAGUCUUUAAGGACAGCGAGCGACUGUCCGUUUUCCCGCUCGCUCCGAUCGAGAUUCUCUGGAUUAUCAUGAUCACGUCUGGUUUCCCUGAUAUGGGUCUCGGUUUCCAAGAAAAGGCCCCUGACGUUCUCCAACGCCCGCCGCAGAGUCUCAAGCGAGGCAUCUUCUCAAUUGAGAUCAUGAUCGACAUGCUCGUAUACGGCCUGAUCAUCGCCGGUCUGUGUCUCUCCUCCUUUGUGCUGGUCCUCUACCUAUGGGGCGGUGGCCAGAUCGGCUUCCGCUGCAACGAGAGCAUCGGCGACGGCUGCGACACCAUCUUCCGCGCACGCGCGACUUGCUUCGCCACCAUCACCUGGUUCUCCGUCUUCCUCGCUUGGGAGGUCAUCGACAUGCGCCGCAGUUUCUUCCGCAUGCAGCCUGGUUCACCCUUCAUCUUCACCCAAUGGAUGCGCGAUGUCUGGCGAAACAAAUUCCUCUUCUGGUCCGUCAUGGCCGGUUUCAUCACCAUCUUCCCGGUCCUCUACAUCCCCGUCAUCAACGAUGUCGUCUUCAAGCACACCGGCAUCUCAUGGGAAUGGGGCAUCGUCUUUGUUGCUUCUUUGCUCUUCUUCGCUGGCGUCGAAUCGUGGAAGUGGGCGAAGCGAAUCUACUUCCGCCGCCAGGCCAAGAAGAACGGUGUCGUCUCGAACGACGAUGUCGAGUCGAGAAUCUUCAAGCGUUACCUUACAGAGUCGAGCAUCGGCGAUGAGAAGACUUUGGCUUAG